UAGUGAGAUUAUGAUCUGCAACUUCACCUCUCACAUGGAGGUCGCUUGAUUCUUAAAUCUCGAAAGCACUCGCCUCAGCGGCGGCGCAAAUCCGGAGCUGCCUGAGGACACUAAAACUAUGCAUCCCGCUGUGGAAGUAACGCAUUCUUCUUCAUGGCACGAUCAUUAUCCAGGAGAAAGCCGAAUUAUGCUUGAUUUUUCUGGGCUCAUCUCUUUCUACGGUACCGCUCUUGUUCCCUCCUUGGCGCCGCGCCGUGUAGGCUUGAAGCGGUGGGAUCAUCGAGUAGGAGGAAUAUUAUCGGAGGAUAUAGAACGUGUCCAAGGCAGGCUAUCUCAAGCGUUAGCACGACCACCUGUGACAACAAGCGGCAUUGACUGGAAAACGGUCUUGCAGGUGGUGGUUGAUCAAUAUGCCAGCCGCCUAGAGUUCAUGCACCACCUUUUGAACCUGACGUUAGACGAUGGGUCAAUCUUUAACCACGCACAACAAAUUCAGAGACGACUGCUCUUCUACACUGUGUUUGCAGCUUUACCUCCCAAUAACUCCGUCACUGCCAACGCGACAAAUUCGUGGGCUGUGCCAGUUUUUCGGGAAUGUGCUACAUCGCACACGGCUUUCAUAGUGUGUCAUGGAACGACACUGAUGCCCUCCGAACGCUUGCUCCUGCAGGCGGUCCGGAAAACUACGCAUGAAGUAUGCCGCGUCGCCACGAAGAUGUGGGCGUCUGGAAUGAUUCUUGGAGUCGACCCCCUUUAUCCCCACUGGCAGGAACUACGCCCUGAAACUGAUCACAUACGCACCCUCAUGGGCGAAUGGGAGGAGGAUGUGACACAGUUGCUCUCCUAGUUAGAUUGGAGCGUGUGGGUGAAGUGCCGAUCGGCCUGUGGUUUCGAGGAGAUGUGCUAUUUGCCU